CAUGGCGAAAAGGGAAAACAGGGGAAGGAAGAAUAAUGAAACAGGAGAAGACAACAAGACGAAGAAAGGAAAGGAGGGAGAAAGGAGGAAGGACUCUCUCUCUCUCUCUCUAUCAUGUCUUUUAUGGUCUCCGAGUCUGAGAACCAGACCAGUCGCUUCCUCCAUUAACAUGUUGACAAGUAUGGCAGCCGGGUCAUAAGCCUUUUAGGGUUUCGCAUCUCCGCCGGAUAUUAAAACCUCUCCUCUUUCUCCUCUUCCAACCCCUCACCGCUGCAUGCACAGGUCCUGGGCUCUCAGCACCUCAGCAAUUGUGAAUCCGGUCGAAUCGGCUUGUUCUAAUUAAUUUCUUUUAGGGUCAAAAUCAAGACUUUGGCACUCUUUAAGCCGGAAUUUGAGCUCAAAAUCCCACCUGGGUCAACCUCAGAAUCGAGCCUUUCCAGCCUCUGAAUCCGUAAUUGCCGAUUUGUGCUCCGGAAAUGGAAGACGGGGAGCUCGAUUUCUCUAACCACGAUAUGUUCUCGAGCUCGAACUUGGACAGCUUCCUAGAUGACAUCCUCAAGGACACUCACGCCUGCACCCACACCCACACCUGCAACCCGCCGGGCCCUGAUUCCUCCCACACCCACACUUGCUUUCACGUGCACACCAAGAUCGUGCCCGCGGUGAGCGAGUCAGAGGAGUCCUCAGAGAAGGAGAAGAAGAACCCGAAGAAGCGGUCCUCAGGGAAUCGGGAAGCGGUCAGAAAGUACCGCGAGAAGAAGAAGGCACGGACUGCUUCCUUGGAGGACGAGGUUGUUAAAUUACGGGCACUUAAUCAGCAGCUGUUGAAGAGGUUGCAGGGGCAGGCAGCACUGGAGGCCGAGAUUGCAAGGCUCAAGUGUCUGCUUGUGGACAUUCGCGGAAGGAUUGAAGGGGAAAUUGGAUCAUUCCCUUACCAGAAGAUGGGGAAUGUGAACUUGGGAAAUGGUAAUUUGGUUAUUGAUCCAUGCAAUAACGUGCAAUGUGGGGAUCAAGUGUAUUGUCUUUAUGAUGGGAAAGAUGGGAGCGGUAUGGGAGUAAAUGGGCAGGUUUAUCAUGACAGCUGCGAGUUUGACAGUCUCCAGUGUUUGGCAAAUCAGAGUGGUUCGGACUUGAAGGAGCUUCGUGGCUGUGGAAGUGGGGAUGUAACUGCGAAUACUAAUGGCUGUACUGCCUGUGGGAAUAAGAGAAAAGGAAGGGCUUCUUCAGCUACAGCUGGUUAAGAAAGGAUGCAUCUUGUGGAGAGUAAAUAUUUCGCUGCAAAUAACAUAUAUGGGGAUGGUGGGGUGCCUUCCAUGACCACUGAUAUGAGCUUUCAACAGGUGAGUUUAGCAAAUGCCUCACUCUGAUGUCCCAAAUUAUGCAACUUCUUGCACUAAAGUCUGGCUCGGGAAGUAUCCAGCAUGCCUUGUGAGAUUUUCAUUCAGGAAUGUAUUUGCCCUAUAGGGGAGGAAAGAAUGAUCUCAUCACGAAAUGGACAACACCAUUGGAGCAAAAGUGAUGUCUUCUUUCUGUGGUGUUUCUGUGGUCACUCCAAAUGACAGCCAUUACUCCGUAGGGCAUUGUAUCAGUUCCUCACCCACCAUUCAAAGUGGUCCUGGCCCGGGGAUUACUCGUAGUUACAUGUAAGUGACAGUCUUCUUUGUAACUGAGCUCAUUUGAAAGGGGCUCUGAUGAAGAGAAAGUACCACCAUUCACAUUCACUUGGUAUGUCAAUGGGGGAAGCUAAGAAAAGCUCUCACUUCCAGGAUUAUUUGGAUUUGAGUUGUAAAUCUGCCAUUUGAGUUCCAUGACUGAUAUCUUUGUUAAGAGAUUGAGACCAUGGAAGGGUAAUUGAUUACUUAUCGGUUUCUUCGUCUUAA